AGAACCACCAAUUUCUUUAUUUAGUCGUAGUAUACUGAUAAUGUAAAUAACGGGGUAUCAAAAUAUUGAUGUUUCCGUUUCAUGAUUCUUUUUAAAAUAAUUUUCGGAGUCUAAAUUUAUAAAUGAUCAUGUCGGAGUCUGUAAGCCAGCAAGUACCAGGGCUAAAUCUUAAUAAAGUGUUUAAAAUCAUAGUUUUAGGCGAUUCAGGCGUGGGUAAAACUUGUCUUACUUACCGUUUCUGCGAGGGUCAAUUUUUAGAUAAAUCGGAGGCCACUAUCGGUGUCGACUUCAGGGAGCGAAUUGUUCGCAUAAACAAUGAAAACAUAAGGCUUCAAUUGUGGGACACGGCGGGCCAGGAGCGCUUCCGCAAGUCCAUGGUGCAGCAUUAUUAUCGGAAUGUCCAUGCUGUUGUCAUUGUGUAUGAUGUCACUAAACCAGAAACAUUCCAUUCCAUAGCAAGCUGGAUGCUGGAAGUAGAGAGCCACGGGCUCAUGAAGUCACCCCGGGUGCUAGUAGGCAACAAGUGCGACUGCGGCACGGCCGAGUCGCGUCUAGCCACCACAUACGCGCAGCGGCUCGCCGACAAGUACGGGAUGCCGCUUUUUGAGACAUCAGCUCUUCUUGACGCUGAAUGCGGGACCGUGGAGUCAAUCUUCAUGACGCUGGCUCACAAAUUGUACUCUAAACAGCCUCUCAGGGUCAUCAGUGUUCAGGGCGAAAACGGGCCGGGAACAGUAAAGCUAGCACGCAAGAAGCCGAGAACCACUCCACCCAACGAGAGCUGCCUUUGCAGCUAAACCACAAAUCCAUCAACUGCGCCGUUAGAGACGUAUGUCUAAUUGGUUCCUUUUUAGAGUUCCGUGCCCAAAGGGUAAAAACGGGACCCUAUUACUAAGACUCCGCUGUCCGUCCGUCCGUCCGUCUGUCUGUCACCAGGCUGUAUCUCAUGAACCGUGAUAGCUAGACAGUUGAAAUUUUCACAGAUCAUGUAUUUCUGUUGCAGCUAUAACAACAAAUACUAAAAACACAAUAAAAUAAAUAUUGUAUGAGCCCCACUUACAUACAACGAACGUGAUUUUUUUGCCAUUUUUUUGCGUAAUGGUACGGAACCCUUCGUCCGUGAGUCCGACUCGCACUUGGCCGGUUUUUAAAUACCUACGACAAAACAAUUUAAACCCAAAAAAAGGGUUCUUCAAAAAGGUACAGGUAUCCUAUCGUGCGCGUUAUCGUGAACCUUUUCGGAACGUUAAACGCAAAAUAAGAGGUCUCCGAAAAGGUUCAGGGUCAAUACAGUAACGCAUAUGGACAUGUACGGACACCCCUGGAAUUAACAUGCAAAGGGUUGAAUUUAGUUGCCCACGGACUACCAAAUGAAAAUAAUUUCUUGAGCCUAUUUAUGUUGAAGAUCCUGUUGCACCGACUACUAUUGACGGAAUGAUCAUUGAUCAACAUUAGUAGAUAUGUGAAAAACGAUUUUAAAUUAGUAUUCAUCAAAAUAUCAAACCUGUAUUGAGGCAUAUUAUCUGUACAUACUAUGAGGUGCCAAAUUAAUAGAGUCAAACCAAGAAAAGUGUGCAAAAGUUUUGACAGCACAUCAAACUUCUAUGAAAUUAUGACGUAUAAAUAACACUGGCACUGCGUGUGCUGUCAAAAUCUCUGCAGACUUUUCUUGGUCUACAAAAUAUUUAAUAAAAUGAUUUGAUUUGUUCCCAAAAUUGUUCAUAGAUGGCAGCACCAGUCUCUCUCGCUAUAACGUAAUUCCGUAAGGAAUUCGUUUAGGAGGUGCAAGCGCGCACUGCUUGCCCUUAGAGCUGGUCAAGGACGCCUAGUCUUACUAAGAUGGCAUAUAGUCGAGAAAUUGGGACGAGUACCGCCGUGGCGGGGUGGCCUGGGGGUUCAUGGCGUUAGCCGCGAUAGCUAAAGACUGCAACCCUAUGAGGUACAGAACAUUACGGCCCAAAGAAUCUGGAAUUUUCUGGACUCAACGGGCAUUAGUAAUGAACUUUAAAGGGCCGUCACAAUAGAUCACUGCUUGGUCGCCGUGACACUCACAGGCCCACAACACCCCAACAAUAAUAAUAAUAGCUAAAGACACCGGUUCGAAUCCGGCCUUCACCUCUGGAGGGCUUCGUCACUUUUUCUUUAAUAUAUGUCAUCUAUUAAGCCGCUCCAGACUACGCGGCGCGAUUCGCGCACGAGUGUGGAGGGGGCUUUACAGUUUAUAAUUUAUGAACGAAUAUAAACUACCCCUAACUAUUUAUGACAAGAAUUGCCAGUAGGUUUAGUGAUGUCUAUGAAAUGCUCUCUUGGUGGAUGGUGGACCGUUAGAAGAAGCAUGCAGGGUCCCAAUAGUACUAAAUAUUUUUAAGGGGUCUGCUAGUGUAAACUCCCUUGCGUUGGCCACGUAAAGUCGCCAUCAGAUGUAUCGGAGCGGCCAAGGUAGUCAAAAACAUCUGAACACACACUCUAACGCCUUGACAAUAGAGUAGUGUUUAGAUAUUUGUGAGCACCUUGGCCGCUCCGAUAUAUUUGAUGGUGACUGUACAGCGAGCUGCAAAUGUUUCCAGUUGACUUACUUUAUAAAUGGAAUUCAUAUAUAAAGUGGGUGUGCACUUCUGCAGCUAUGUUUACAUAGCAAAAAGCUUAUAUGGAUGUAAACCCAGCUAGAAAUGUAUUAACCAUAACAAGAUGCUAGAAAUGUAUUAACUUGCUUAAAUUGUGUUUGAAAUAUGUUAAAUCUUGCAGCAAUAAACCAACCAUGCAAUAAGGCUUAUUGCGUGGCGUCUUCGUUGGCGCUUUUCUUAUGAUUACAUGUCAUAGUACAUCUACUAACCUCCUAAGUCCCAGCUUUUUUUAAACGUCAUAGUCCUGACUAUUUACAACUCUAUGGACUGUCAGAAUACUCCGCGCGAGCAUUCAAAUUUGAAAGCGGGGGGCAUCUAACUAAACAUUUUGUACCAAAAUAUGUACUAUCCGUGUUUAUUACUAUAGUAAUUUACUUAAUGCUGGGAUUGAAGGGUUUAUUAUGUACAAAAUUUGGUACCGCAGGACUUAGGAGGUUAUAGCAGUUAUUGAAUAACUGUUUUAGUAGAUACUCUGACAUGUAAUCAUAAGAUGUGCCCAUCAACAUAUCUGAACAAAAGUGAACUGCCAAAGAUUUUUAAAUAAACGAGUGAACAUGUGAGUGGUCCGAUGAAGUCCGAUCUUGUGCUAGAUAUUAAAUAAUUAUGUGUUAGCGCCAUCUAGUGACAAAACGGCAAUUAAAAAUCAAUGCCAGAAAAUGACAAUUCAUAUACAGUCGCCACAAAGAUAGAUAUAACUCCGUAAUAGAUGGAUACAGUCUAAGGAAAAAACGUGCCUCGAAAAUCAAGAAAAUUUGAUUCUCGUUCAGAGGGCGCUACUAGUUUUGGCCAACUGUCGUAUAGAUGGCGUUGACGGUUUCGUUUGUUAUUUAUCAAUUUUAACGCAUAUCAGUGACAGAACAUGGGUCAAAAUUAUAAAAAUAAUUAAUGCAAAUAAAAAAAAUCAUUUAUCCAUAUUUAAAUACAUUUUAUCGUAUUUUUAUAAAUCUUUAUUUUUAGUUUUAAAGUGUGUCGACAGAUGGCAGUGAAUUUACUGGGGUUACAAAAUUUACUAUGACAGUACCGCUCUAGUAUAAGUUACUCUAUGAGUCGCCAUCAGAGGCAUCAGAUAUAUCGGAGCGGCCGAGGUGUUCACAAUAUCUGAACACGCACUCUAACGCCUUGACAAUAGAGACGUGUUCAGAUAUUUGUGAGCACCUUGACUGCUCCGAUAUAUCUGACGGCGACUGUACCAUAGCAAAGAGAAUUUUAAAUAGAGGCGUAUUGACAAAGUAAAUUUUGUAGUCACAGUCAAUUUACUGCCAUCUUUCGACAGAUGGUUAAAAGUUUUAGAACGCCAUUUGACUUUGAUCCUUAUUCUCACUGAUGUGUUAAAUAUCAGAAAGGACAGAAAGUAUCAUGUGUCGAAAGAUCAAAGAUGGCUUGACAAUCCAUUUCUUUACUAUAUUCUCUUUGCCCAUAGGUAUACAAAUUCGUCUUAUUAAAAAAGACAUAAUUGGCAUAAAUAUAGUUAACAUACUACAGAAUAGCUUUAUAGUCCUAUUUCAUUUAAUCAUACAAUAAUAAAAUCUAAAUAUGCAUUUUAUUUGUAAAAAAAACUUGAUAUAAAGUUGAAUGUAUAGGGUUAAUAAAAUUAAAAUCAAAUUGGCAUAAGUCAAUUCUAUUACUUAUUUUAUAAUUGUAUUGUAGAAAUAAACCAAAUGUUAUUUAUUUUCAGAUUUAAAUGUAAGAAAUAAAAUUAUAACAAAAGU